AUGCACACCAAUACUUUUGCCAUCCUCUCAUCCGUCCUCUUCCUCGCAUUGUCGCCAUGCGCAGCCCGCGUUGUACCUCCCCAACCUCCGCGCAUCCUCUCCCGCGAUGACGCACAGUCAUUAUUAUCGACAUCCGCUACAUCUCUAGCCGAUAAAUGCACCUUCACUCUCUUCCACAAGCAACUCAUCACCGCUGCUAAACCAAAAUCGGCAAGCAAGGGCAAGAUCAACUACAUCCAAAUUGACAGUUUGGAGGAUCAUACCAAUGGGCUUACCAUCGACGUCGCCUCUUCAAGACCACGGGCUGAGCGCAACUCGUACACAAAAAUCUCUGCGAAGCAAGUACUCACCAUUGCGGGGUUGUUGGAUGACACUAGCCUGACCAUUCACGGUACUGAUGGGGAUGAUGCGCUGAUCUUCGAGUCUAAUGGCGUGAGCUGGGCGACAGAGGGCGGAAGUAAGAGACUGAGGCCUGACGCCUGGUGCAACUCAGGCAUGUGGGUCGAGAGUGGAAGGGGAAGUAGGGAAAGAACAAUGGAGUGCGCGUUUCCCUGUGCCAGGAUUGAAGAGGACGGAGAGGACGAGAGAGAAGAGCUGCGGUAG